GACGCCGUCUAGGUUGGGCUCUGAGGGGUUUGAUCAUAAUAUUUAACGCACCCACCCUGGAUGAACACUUGGAAGGCGAGGCAGUGUUGGGAGGACAAAUGACAGCCCAAAUCCCUGCACCUGCCAAGCGGUCCCUGCUUUGACUUCAACGAGGCUUGGUGACAGCAGCUUUUGUCAAGGACCGGGACCGCAUCCAAGCAUGCAGCGGAUCACCUGUUAGGUUGCAUUGCCCAUUCAGGCACUUUCUUUGUCGUUUCAUUUUUAUUGGCAAUGUGUUUAUCUGACAUAUUUGUUUGACUGACCUAUUCAUCUGACUUUUUUUUGUUUUUUGGAAGACAGCUGUGACACAAUUUAGCCGUCUCCGUGUUGGCAACAUUACAAGGAAGUGGGUUUUAAGGAAGAAUUCCGGUGCUUUUAACUGCCCCCCCUCCUCUAACGAUUUAUUCUGAAGUCCGUCCUCCUGGCACUGUAUCCUACUCAACAACGCAAUGAAUGAAGAAUACUCCUUGAGCCGCUGCCAGUGAAGUGACCAGUGCUCACAAUGUGUUGGCUUGUCCACCUGGCUGAAGAUGAAGAAAUGGGACUACUGUAAAAGCCCAAGGCAGAGCACAUUAUACGGAUGGAGUUCUUGACAUAACACGGAUUAUGUGUGGCAAUGAUCACAGAAAAUCUUCAAACCAACAAGGCUGCUUUUUCAUCCUGUAACACCGCUGGACAUCAAUGUCGGUGCCGUAAGGUGCGCUGCGCUUGGUGAAGAAAGCUAACUCAGAACAAAAUGAUCAAGAUGAUAAUGUUUCGCAAAUUCCGAGUGUUGAUACUCAUGGUGUUUUUGGUGGCGUGCACUAUGCACAUCAUGAUAGACUUGUUACCGAAACUGGAGAAGCGGGCGGCUGGAGCGGACAGCGGCGACGGCGGCUGUCAGUGCGCUCACAACCCAGGCGAGGAGUCCCAGGGCUGGGGGAAGCAGCGCGCCAGGUCGGCGGCUGAAGCGGGCUGGCCUAACAAGCACACGCUGAGAAUCCUGCAAGAUUUCAGCAACGAGCCCAGCUCCAAUCUCACAUCACAUUCCCUGGAAAAGAUCACGGCAGCCGCGGACAAAGCGGAGUCGUUCAAGCGGAUGAAACAGUCGGCGGGGAACGCCGAGGACCGCAAGCCGCUCAUAAGAGACGCCAGCGGGGGUCGGACCGUCCCUGCCCCCGGUGUCUCUCGACUUGCAGCUCUGUUUGAGCACCCCCUUUACAAGACUGACCUUCCCCCUCUCACGGACGAUGACACCUUGUUUAACGUCAACACUGACAUCAGGUUUUAUCCGAGGGCAGCAGGGAAUCAAGAAUGGCACAAUGAGCGGAACGAGGAGGAGGAGUUCCCUCCAACAGUGGAGAUGACAGCAGAGUCCUACCCCAACUGGCUGCGCUUUCACAUCGGGAUCAACCGCUAUGAGCUGUACUCCAGGCACAGUCCUGUGCUCGAUGCCCUGCUCAAGGAUCUGGUUACACAGAGGAUCACCAGUGUGGCCAUGAAGUCAGGAGGCACCCAGCUGAAGUUGAUCAUGACCUUCCAGAACUACGGACAAGCGUUGUUCAAACCCAUGAAGCAGACACGGGAGCAGGAAACCCCUCCAGACUUCUUCUAUUUCUCCGACUUUGAGAGGCACAAUGCUGAGAUUGCCGCCUUUCACCUCGACAGAAUCCUGGACUUUCGGAGAGUGCCCCCGGUGGCAGGAAGGCUAGUCAACAUGACGAGGGAGAUCAGAGAUGUGACGCGGGAUAAGAAGCUCUGGAGGACCUUCUUCAUAUCACCAGCUAAUAACAUCUGCUUCUAUGGCGAGUGUUCCUACUACUGCUCCACUGAGCAUGCUCUGUGCGGUAAACCAGACCAAAUUGAGGGCUCACUAGCGGCCUUCCUGCCAGACCUGGCCUUGGCCAAACGCAAGACCUGGAGGAAUCCCUGGAGACGGUCCUACCACAAGCGCAAGAAAGCUGAGUGGGAGGUGGACCCAGACUACUGUGACGAGGUGAAGCAGACCCCACCUUAUGAUCGUGGCACUCGACUCCUGGACAUCAUGGACAUGACCAUCUUUGAUUUCCUAAUGGGUAACAUGGACCGACACCAUUAUGAAACAUUUGAGAAGUUUGGUAAUGAUACCUUCAUCAUCCACCUGGACAACGGACGAGGAUUUGGAAAACACUCCCAUGAUGAGCUGUCAAUCCUGGUUCCUCUCAGCCAGUGCUGCAGGGUGAGGAAGUCCACAUAUCUGCGUCUCCAGUUGCUGGCCAAGGAGGAGUACCAGUUGAGCUCCAUGAUGGAGGAGUCACUGCUCCGUGACCGCCUGUCCCCCAUCCUCAUCCAGCCCCACCUCCAGGCCAUGGACCGCAGGCUUCGACUGGUGCUGCAGGUCUUGGCUGGCUGCAUGGAAAAAGAAGGCUAUGCCAAUGUUGUGGAGGAUGACCCAACUGGGGACACGAGUACCCACAGGAGCCCAGGCCACAGGUAGUGAGGUCUAGGCUGGAGGAUGGACGGAGCCACCCUGGGUCCCUGGUCCCAUCUUGGACUUUCAGUGACAAGUUAACAAUGAACUUGGUCAUGGAUGUGUGACCCAUGGGAUUGAACCAAACUCACACUUUUGACAUCAUGCUGAAUUCAGUGAAUUCCAAGACUUGCCUUCAAUGCCUCUACAGAGCGUACUUUUGAGUGUGUUUAUAUAGAACAAAUUGUCCACAGAUACAAAUGAAAGACUGUGCUAAAAAAAGAGGCUUUGUAUUCAUUAGAUACAGAUGUAUUUUUGUUUUUAUCAGAUGGUGUACAAGACAUAUAGGGACCACUGUUUGUGUUCUGAUUUUGUUCUGUUUGUUUUGAAGACUGAGGCUAUCAUGUUCAUGUAAGUGUUUAUUAUAUUAUUCUAUGACCAAAUGAGAUGACACAACAACAUAUAGUCAGACUGUAAGCUUUACCAAUGCACCACAAGACAAAGAAACAUUUUAAAACUAUAGGCGGUUUUAACAUAUUACUUACUUUGUCAAACAUGCCAGG